CCUUUUUCCCACUGGAAAUGUUUUCUGAGGAAACUGAAAAGCUUCAGUCAACGAAGAAACAAAGAGACAGAAACCGUUUCCAGCUCAGUCGUAAACUGGACAAACAAGCUGCUCCAGAGAAUCUGAGUUAAACAUUAACAGAAGAUUUGAGCUGCGGACACGAACACCAACACGCGACUGACUUCACUCGGUCGCUGGUUCACGUCUCAAGAAUCUGAAUCUUCACGUCUCGACGUUCUGAUGGAGAAACUCUCGGCUCUGGUUUCCUGCUUGUUGCUGGUCGUCGGAGCGGCGACGGCUCAGACAGCUCAGGUCCAGGUCAGCGAGCGUCUGCUGCCUCAGUGGCUCACCGGCGUCAUCGCCCUCUCCUGCUUCCUCUUCCUCACGUUCGUCGGCGUCCUGGUGAAGAAGGCCUGGUGUGGAGAGUCCAGCAGGGGGAGGACGUCCGGCGAGACAGGAAGAGGAAGUGAAUCCGUCAUGACCAACGGCAACACGUAUGACACCGUGCUGGACAUGGUCAGGAGUAAAGACGACACGAAUGCCUACGAGAACCUGGUGAUUGACAGCUCUGAUGACAAGGUCACGACCAUGUGACCAACGUGAACCGAUCCUAUUGCACGCAGGGACAUUAAACACACACAAUCAUAUUUCAUAGAGUAAAUGUACAGAUGACAGUUUUUAUAAAUGUCAUGUUUUAUGAUCUUCAGCUUCACGUUUCUUCACCUGCUGAUUCUUCUAUCACUGGCACAUUAUUUCUGCAUUUCAAUAAGUAGAAGAUUCAUAAUCAGUGGAGCUAAGUAAUAUGUAUUAAUAUUUUUUUUUAAAUGUUCAGUAACUUGUUGUAAACAUGAGCUGCACUUUUCUGUCCUGACUUAUAAAUGAUCCUCUCUGACAAA